AUUAUGCUGCGUUUGAAGCAGACAGAAGGAGCAUUUUUUUUCACUGCGAGUUUCCUAUAUUCCAUCUCUUCUGCUCUUGAUAAGCAGACACUUGGUAUUUGUAAUGCAAUUUUUUCCAGUGUUGCUUGGGACUAAAAGGCUAUGUUGAUGUUGAUGUUUAUGUUGAUGAUGUCUGGUUGCCUCUUGCAAGAUUUUAAUCUGCGUAGUUUUUGAGAGGGAUGAGAGGAGGGAAUGGUGUAAAUGGCCACCAUUCUUAGAGAGGCCUCUCAAACAGCAAUGCCCUGCUGGUCUUCCUCCAUUUUGAUUUCUUGUUUCUCCAUCUUGAAGCAACUACUGUUGCCUCUUGUUUUUACCCCCCCUUUCCAGUUUGUUUUAAUAACCGAGGAAGAUGGGUUGGCUCGUUGUCCGGACAAUCUGUGUUUCUUCCCCAUCCACAGAUUGUGGUUGACGAUGCCUACAUUUCGAGCAACCAGCCUGAAGUACAUGGUUCGUAUAGGCUUGGGAACUGGUAUAAGUUUUCUGGUAUCAGUUCUGAAAUGCAGGACGUGUCUACAGUAGGAGACCAUAGUGAAUAGAAUAGGGUGGAGUGGCAAAGAAAUAGUUACAGUUGACCAACAAACAUCACAGCACAAGGUACACAAAGCCCACAACAAUUUUAUUAGGUUUGGAGAUCUAAGAACCAUAUAUAGCAGCUAAAGAUUUCCAUAACAAUAUCCAAAGGAGAAUAACGUGUUUCAUAUUUUUUCGUGUGACUUGUGACUUUAUCUUUAGAGAGCAAUUAAUACCAUGCAACAAAGAUAUUAGUGAAAGAACUAUACCUACAUAAAGUUCUAUACAGAAGGCCACAGAUAAUUUUGGUAGAGCUCACAUCAUUGGUGGUAGGGGUCAUGGUAUCAUGUUUUAAAGGAGUUAUAUUAUUGAAUGUUGUGGCAAUCAAGAAAUCAAAGGUAGUAGUACAAAGAGAAAUCAAUGAAGCUGCAGUUUCUUCUCAAGCUAACCAUAGAAGGCAGAAGUACCGCUGGUAGUUUAUGAAUUCAUUUCAAACCCACUUUGUCGUCACCUUCACAUUGAAGGACCCAUAUCACUACCAUGGGAUGAUCGACUAAGGAUAGCAACCGAAGUUGCCAAAAGCUCUAUCCUAUCUACAUUUGGUUGCUUCAAUGUCCAAUGGUUCAUAGAGGUAUUAAGUCUGCAAACAUCUUGAUGAUGCUUUGACAGUGACAGCAAAAUGUUUCAGAUUUUGGAGCUUCUAGAUACAUCCCCACUGUUUCAGACAGGAGUGACUACGUCAGUUCGUGGAACAAUGGGUUAUUUGGAUCUAUCAUCACAUGGAUCGGUCAACAGACAAGAGUAAUGUUUUCAGUUGUGAUGUUCUUGUAGAAUUGCUUACUCGAAAAAAACCAUGUGUCUAUAAGUCAGUCAGUCAACAAGGGUUUGGAGGAAGAUGGGCAAGACAGGAAAUUUCAUGUCAGCAGCAGGUAAGAAGACUUCAAAUACGAUGCCACAACAGCAGCUGCACAAGGAACUAUGGAACAAGUCGGCAAAGUGCAACCAUCGGCGGGUGAGCUGCUUGUGUCAAUGGAGACUGGGACACCAGAUGGUCCAUGGUGAACGGCGUCCAGUUUGAUCGGAUGGCUAUCCAUAACCCACUCUUCUUCUGCCAAAUGUUCCUCUUCCUGUGAACAUUUGGCUCGCAUAUGCGGCACCGCCGACUCAUCUCUGGAGGGUGGCGUGCAGCAGGCCACACUUCUCGACCGCCAGUCCUCAACAAAGGUACACCCCUGGUUCACCCGUCGUGACUCAUGAGUAGUUCACUGGCCCAAAAAAUCUGGAGUAGUUGAUUGCUCGUUAGCUGAAUUUAGAAGAGAAAUUUCAUUGUGGGCUGUUCUUGUAGUGCCUAGCUAUGUUACCUGUUUUUUUCAUGCAUUAUUCUGUUGAGGUAGUUGUAUCGUCGAUUCUCCGGCGAUGAUGGACCUGUGAAUGGUUUUGAUGCCAUGGCUUAACCGGCUUUCUCCUAGGAUUGCAUUUCCAUACUAACCUAACAGAUGAACUAGAUUCUGGCUCUUAGCUUAAUUUUUUUAAAGUCUCCUGUGCUCGUUUGUUUCUGAGGUGGUCUGCUGUUCACAUUCCCUGCGCUAUUUUUACUCAUCCAUCUGCGUCUGUGCUGGAAAUGCUUUUUGCCAGACAUAUAAAAUGUUUCAAGGUAGAUGAUCCCCAUCUACCUCUUUCUGCAAACCAGGAAUUGGGGGAAUUUUGGCAUGCUUUGAAGUGUUCCAAAGCUGGGUUGGACUGAAAUUUUGUCAUAGACUCUAGAGCCUACUUGGCGUAGCAUUCGGGGUUUUAAAUCUGACACAUGGGCACCCUAUAUAUAUUAGAUGUUUUGUCCCCAUCCCUUGUGAGAUCGGCUAGCUUUAUUAUACUGACUUACUCUGUACUUCUCUGCUCGCCAUCUUUUUCUCUUUCCUUUCCCUGUGUCUCUGCUUAGGCUUGUUUACUGUUGACCCUUGGAUUUUCUUAGACCCAUAGUGAUACAAAACAAACUUAGGUCGGAUGACCCACUAAUAUGUACCGAUAGAGGUGGCUUUCUGUUCUCAUUUCAUAUUCGGCAUGUCUGUCCUUGUCGUCGACGUCUUCUAUUGUUAAGUAUAGCCUUACAGUCAAGUAUAUAUUUGUUUGACCCUUUAAUUGUAACCUAACCCCACAUGACCAAACAGACUCAGCAUUCUAAGUACACACGAUCUUGCUUUCUCAGAGAUCUACUGACUGAUGUGCGCACAAAGACUGAUAAAUGUGUGUUAGCUUUCACUGUGACUGUUAUUUAUUAGAGCUCAAAGUUGAAUAACCUCUCCAAUGUAUUAUUUUUCCAUCUUUGUAUUUGGUUAUUUGUUUCUGUACCUGCUUCACUGCUACCUUUUAAGUUUUAAGGCUCUCUAAAUGAUAACGAUGUCUCCGAAGGCAACACAAACAUUUCUAGUCACUCUCAAUCUGUCACCUAAUGACAGCUGCAAUAGUGCUAUCUAGCCAAGGGAUUUUGAGUUCUUGUUUAUGGCUUGUUUGCAUAGACCAGGUCAGCGAAGACUUAUGGUCAUUACUUGUAUACACUAGGUCGUCUUCAACAACUUGUCCUUGUGCCCUGUGGAACGAUGUAGUACACACUUGCCACACCAGCUCUGAACUAGUUGCAAUUUCUAUUUUGAGGCUUCAGAUGAUUAACUUUCCAUCAAUUUCAACAGCUCCCUAGACCGUAGUAGCUUGUUGCAAGGAUUUGCUUCCUAUCUUUGACUAUCUGUCUCUCAGCUGUGCCUCCCUGUGUUUUAAGGCUAACCUACUGACAGACAAUAAACUUCUGUCAAUACAAUAUGUAUACUAUCACGCCUUACUUGAAAUAUCACCUAAUGACAUCAGUAACAGCGUAGCUAUAGCAAGCAGAGACUUCCCAACUCUUCGUGUGAUUUGCAUUGACCAGGGCGGCCGCACAGGCUGUAUAUGAGGGUUCAUUGCUUAUAUAUGUAGCAUGAACUCGUGCAUCCCAUUCCCAGCAACUAAGCCUAACCAUCUGCUCCACCACUUCUGUUCCUUGUAUACCUUAGUCAACAAUGCACACACUUGCCAUAGCAGCUCUGCACCUGUUGCAGCUUCUAGCAACAAUACCAACACUAUCCUCACAAGACACAGAGGCAAUUCCCGGUUGCACCUCCAGAUGCCACAACAUAAGCAUACCUUACCCCUUCGGUAUCGGCGAUGAGCGAUGCUACUUACAUGAGGGGUUCAAGCUCGCGUGCAAGACGGAAGAACAGCCUCCGGUGCUGUACAUGAACAGCGCUGGAUAUCGAGUUGUGAAAAUUAAGCUGAACCCUAGGGUCGUGUACCUCGACACUCGUUUCCACCAGCUGUUGGGGAAAAGCAGCUAUGGCGAGAGCUGGAACCUCAGCCUGGACAACAGCCUCUACCGCUUAUCAGCCGCCCAGAAUGUGUUCGUCGCCCUGGGGUGUGGUUUCAGGUUCUCGGUCAGUCUCCCGGGAGCAGGAGCCAACGCCAGCGCCAGCACCUGUGACUCCAGCUGCCAGCAUGGGUACCCCAAGGUACCCACCGAUGGCACAUGCUCUGGCACUGGCUGCUGCUACACGGAGGUUUCACAAGACAGCAACAGCUACGCGAUCAAGCUUGUUCCCCACGACGAAGCAGCAGCGAACUCGACCAUGCCUGGCGCAAGGGGUCCGUUCAACGCCACGUACAUCGUGGAGAAGGGCGAGUACUGGAAGAGGACAGGAUUCGCCGUACCGCUGCAGCAGUACGCGGCCGCGCCAGAAUCUGUCCCGCCAGUGCCAACCCACACAGUGGUCUACUGGAUGUUUGGCAACUCGUCCUGUGCAGAAGCUCGGAGCUCCAAUGCCUCUGGCUGCCUCAGUGACGAGAGUGAGUGCCACGAUGAGCCUCCGCGAGGGUAUAGAUGCCAGUGUGGCCAAGGCUAUGUUGGGAACCCCUACAUGCCGAACGGUUGCCAAGAUGUUAAUGAGUGCACACAGACAGAUCCACCGCCAUGCUUUGGGCAAUGCAUAAAUACAAUAGGAUCAUAUGAUUGCAUCUGCCCAUCUGGCACCUCGGGCAACCCCAGAGUAAAAGAUGGGUGUAGUCCAAGCAAAUUGAAAUUAUCAGGAUUGAUCAUUGCAAUCGGACUUGGAAGUGGUAUUGCCAUUCUGCUGUUUGUUUUCGCCAUUGUCGUCAUAAGGAGAAAGGUCAAGGCUCGGAAAGCUAGAAUAACGAAAGAGUUUUUCUUCAAGCAAAACAGAGGCCUUCUGCUGCAGCAGCUGGUAGACAGGGACAUCGCCGAAAGGAUGAUCUUCAGACUAGAAGAGCUCGAGCGGGCCACAAACAGUUUCGACGAAACCCGAAAGCUCGGCGGCGGAGGCCACGGGACCGUGUACAAAGGUAUCUUGUCUGACCAGCGGGUUGUCGCUAUAAAGAAGUCAAGGCACGCAGUCAAGAGGGAGAUCGACGAUUUUAUCAACGAGGUCGCCAUACUCUCCCAAGUGAACCACAGGAACGUAGUGAACCUUUUCGGAUGUUGCCUCGAGACAGAAGUCCCGCUGCUGGUCUACGAGUUCAUUUCAAACGGGACGCUCCACGAGCACCUUCAUGUCAGUGCUCCACAGUCCUUGUCAUGGAAGGAGCGCAAGAGGAUCGCCCUUGAGAUCGCGAGGUCUCUUGCUUACCUGCAUUCUUCUGCUUCCAUGUCGAUAAUCCACAGAGACAUAAAGACAGCCAACAUACUGCUAGAUGAUCGGCUAGUAGCCAAAGUGGCAGACUUUGGGGCUUCUCGAGGCAUCCCCAUCUAUGAGACUUCUGUGACGACGACCAUUCAAGGAACCUUCGGGUAUCUGGAUCCAGAGUACUACCAAACAGGCCGGCUCACCGAGAAAAGCGACGUGUACAGCUUCGGCGUGAUACUGGUGGAGCUGCUGAUGCGCAGGAAGCCCUCGUCGUACGUCUCGCCUGAAGGCUCCAACCUGGUCUCGCACUUCUCGUCGGCGGUGAGCGAGGACAAGCUCCGGGAGGUCCUGGACUCUCAAGUCAUCGAGGAGGCAGAAGAAGAAGAGACCAGGGAAAUGGCCGCCAUCGCAGUGACGUGCCUGAACUCCAAGGGGGAGGACAGGCCCUCGAUGAGGCAGGUCGAGAUGAGACUGCAAGCGUUGCAGAGUCCGGCGGACAGUACUGGAAGGAACCAGAACCAGAGGAUCGAGGAAGGUGCGGCGGGGCCCAACGGCCGUCGACCUGUCCAGGGCGGCGACUCUUCCUACGCCGGUGAUCACAGCAACUUGAGCAGGCCGUAUAGCAUGGAGCAGGAGUUCUGGUCGUCGAUGAGCUUUCCUCGUUGAUCACUAUGGUUGCUAUUUUUCGUUGUGAAUAUAUUUGAUUGUUUGUACAGGAGAACCAGCUAUUGGCAUGCACCAUUCUCCUGUAUGGGGACUGUUGUAUACUUGCAUAUGAGUACACAAGCACGUAAUGCCGCAUUCAACUU